UCUUCUUUUCACAGGUAAAGUAUGGAAAAAAUAAGACGGCCGAGGAGUCAUGAUUUUCGCGAUCAUGCUGUCACUUACAUUGUAGGCACCGAUCAGAUUUAUGGCAUAGAUGGUUUUUAUUCUAUGUACCCCCAGUCAAGUCCAGAAAUGAUGAAAGAUAAAGAAAUUCUUGUGAGAAACAACGAUAUCCAAAAAGAUGAGGAAAAUAUGACGUUAAAAGUAGAAGCCUUCAGAGACGAAAUCAUAAAAAAUGUUGAUAAAAUCAAUCAGCUGAAAUUUGAUAUUCUGUCGAAAGAAAACGGAUCAUACACUUCCAACAAUGGAAGACUGAGGGUAAAAAGUCUUAUACAAAACAGUGCACGUCUUGAAGAUCUUGAAUCUGAAAUGGCCCUCCUAAAGAGGAAUGUUGAGAGUGCCCAGGGAUUACUUUAUGAUGUUCACCAAGCCACCGAUGAGAAAGUGGAGCAGUGUCUCGGAUUACACCGUUCUCGUUGUGUUUGUACUGAACCUGAUACAAUAUUUAUACGAGAUAUCUGUGACAAAGCUGCCGAUAUCGAAAUAAAGAGACAUUGUUAUUCUUCAAAUGUUCACAUCGAAAGAUGCACUGAUAUGAAGAAUCAUGUUAAAUGGUUAAGAGGAAAUAAUUUGUUGUCCAUUUCCGGUUGCUUUGCGUCUCCAAAAAUAUAUAUAUCAGGACUGUUUGUCAAUCUCGUUGUUUCAAUCAAAGGAUUAGCUGGCCAGCCUGAAAUCCAUAUCAAGGGUGUCUGUAUUUCUCCACAGAUCCUGGUUAACGGCACCAAACUUAAACCAACGGUAUUUGUUGAUGGCGUUGUCAGUGAUCCUUAUUUACAAGUUGGGGGACUUGGAUCAAGAUUGAAGUUAAAUGUAACCGGUAUCUGUUGUAGACAGAACGCCGUCGUAGGUGGUAUAAAAUGUCAAACAAAACUCAGAGUUUUCGGGAUGUGUAACAUAUAAUGAAGAGUUAACUGUGUCUGAAAA